AUGGCCGCUGUAGUGGCCCUAAAUAAUGCUAACAUAACGGCCGCCAUGAUCAAUGCACCAGAUGGUACUCUACCACCAGCAUUACCGAGUGGAGCUACUGGCACCACAGUUAUUUCAGCAUAUAAUGUUCAUAUAGAUGAGGAUUGGUCUCUUGCUAGGGGUGUCCU